AUGGCCGCCCAGAGACUCUCCAACAUUGUUUCUCAGCUGACUCCCGGCCAGAAGCCUGUGGACAAGAUGUGAGCUCGCCCUCUUCGGACGGUUUCACGCCCAGCUUCCCCGCAGAUCAUUCAUGUGAACAGAGAGACAACAGCUAACGCUCCCACUCUCUCAUGGCAGCACGCAAAAGAACCCGGAUGACAUCGUCAUCACCCUCGCGACUCGGACGCCUUUGGCGAAGGGCAGGAAGGGUGGCCUGAAGGACACCCCGCUGGAUGGCAUGGUGUUCAAGAUCCUGGAGCAGGUGGUUCGGAAGUCCAACUUGGACCCACAGAUGGUUGAGGAUAUCUGCUUGGGAAAUGUGAGUCUCACACAAACUCCCCGCCUUGCCGUCCUGCGUGGUAUGGGUGGCUGACAGAGAUCUUCGCAGGUCUCGGACGCGAAAGCAGCCUAUUACGUCCGCGCCGCCGCCCUCGCCGCUGGCUUCCCUAACACCACCGCUGCCUCGUCCGUCAACCGCUUCUGCUCUUCCGGCCUCAAGGCCGUUCAAGAUAUUGCCAACCAGAUCUCCACCGGCAGCAUCGAGAUUGGUGUCGCUCUCGGAGCAGAACAUAUGACCUCUGGCGGCGACCGCCUUACCCGCCCGUUCGUCGACGAGAUUGUUGAGGCCAAUCAGGACGCGCGUGAUUGCUUGCAGCCUAUGGGUCAGACAUCGGAAAACGUUGGAAAGGACUUCAACAUCUCCCGUGAACAGCAAGAUCAAUACGCAGCAGAGUCGUACCGCCGCGCGGAGAUCGCCCAGAAGGCUGGCUGGUUCGACGACGAGAUCACUCCCAUCACCGUCAAGGUCGAUGGAAAGGACGUCACACUCACUAAGGAUGAGGGACCAAGAUGGGGCACAACAUUUGAAUCUCUCCAGAAGAUUCGUCCUGCUUUCCCCGACUACGGAGACAGGUCGACUGGUGGCAACAGCUCGCAGGUCACAGACGGUGCCGCUGCUAUCCUGCUCAUGAAGCGUAGCAAGGCUUUGGAGCUGAACCAGCCCAUCCUCGCCAAGUACGUUGGUGCCACUGUCGCUGGUCUUGCCCCUAGAAUUAUGGGUAUCGGCCCAUCGAUUGCUGUGCCCAAGCUGCUCAGCAAGUUCAACCUAUCGGUCGACGACAUCGACGUCAUUGAGCUGAAUGAGGCCUUCGCGUCCAUGGCCGUGUACUGCCGUGACACUCUCAAGCUCGACUGGAGCAAGAUGAAUGUCCGUGGAGGUGCCAUUGCUCUCGGACACCCUCUGGGUUGCACUGGUGCAAGACAAAUCGUCACCGGUCUCAGCGAGGCAAGACGACAGAAGAAGAAGAUUCUCCUGACCACAAUGUGCAUUGGAACGGGUCAGGGAAUGGCUGGCUUGUUUGUGAACGAGCAGAAUGUGGAUUAG